AUGAGGGGCGAGAGAGAACAAAAGAGUCCCAACACCGCUGUUCAGCUCAGUGGAGUGGAGGAAAAGCUGCACCACCAUUCUCCACUCCCACGCCACCGUUUCCCUUUCAUCGCCGCAUCUUACCCAUCAGUGAAAUGUCCUUCAACCGCGAAAUCUUCUAACCGUACUCGGCAUUUACACCACAGACGGACUAACCUCCUGCUUACGCUCCGCCUCGGCGCCGCCAUGUCGUCGCCUUCCUCCAGACUUCUGCAACUGGUGGCUUGCUUUCUCUCGCUCGUCUCACUCCUGCAGGGGGCGGACGCAGCUGCUCCGGUUCCGACUGUCAAUCUCUCCCGGGUGGAAGACGCGCAAUAUUUUCACAUUUACUUCGGGGAGAGCUUCAAGGUGAUCAAGAACAGCAUUGACGGGAAGAGCUACCUACUCACGCAGGUGACUCUGCCCCUCCCCUCUGCCCUUCUCGACGGCAGGAGUCCCUGUCAGAGUAAUUGCAUUAUUCCUUGACUGGAUUGUGCUUGAAACAUAGCGCGAUUUAUAUUGUGGAAAAAAAAUACGAGUAGUUCAGCAAAAAAUUUCCUGUCCCCUGAAACUCUAUGAUGAGAGUCUGUCGCGAAAUUUGAUUUCUCAAACAUCUGAUCCACCAAUUCAUCGCAUCUGGGGUGGCUUCUGGGAACAGAGGAAUUCGAGGAUGGCGUCCACGGCCAGGUACUGCACCGGCAGAAUCAAAUCCUUCGUCAUCCCGCUCUCCAACUACUCCCUCGACACCAGCGCCCCCGGUCUCCCAGGUACCCGUCCACCAUUUCUGCUUCCACGUAGAGAUCAGCUUUCCAAGUUCUCAUCCGUCCUUGCUUCGGUUGUCUCUGCUACAGUUUCCUUCUUCGAGGUGAGGCCCAGAAGAAGGGCCAUUAAUGGCCGUGUUCGAAAGCUCUCGGGACCGGUUCCAGCCUGACUUUUUACUGAUGCGCAGCUUUUGGGUUUGCUGGAGGGCUUGAAGGGCGUCACGUCCGACUCGGUGACUUCCGAAUGCCUGCUGAAAUCUCUGUCCACAGGGAGCACGGCGCUGGUGAGCAAGAAGGACACCCAGCAGCUGAAGCAAUUCGCAGCGCACUUCGUCAGCGAUGUCGAUGGAGAGCAAGCCUGCAAUUACGCUGCUUUCAUGCCGAUGGAAGAGAUCUCACCAUUGCAGGUACCGCUGCUGCGACCGCUCCGCGUGAUCCCCACAUCGUUUGAUUGACCAUAUUGAGCUUCCCUGAAACAUGGAUCAUUUUACAGAGGGCAGAGUGGAUCAGGUACUUGGCGCCAUUCGCGAACGCAGAAGCUCGAGCGAACGUCGUCUAUAACGCAGUUAAGUUAUACUGUUACUACUUCUGCCGAGAAAACAGAGCAACCGACAGUGGUGAAGGGGAAUGAAAGCGUGCGUAGUUUCUGACGUACGGUGAUCGCAGGUGAAGAGCAAUUACCUGUGCUUGAACAAGAUGGCGAUGAACCAGAGUGAGGAGUUCAAACCAGUAGUGGCCUGGGUGGAGUACAACCAGGUCCGCUCGCCGUCAAAAAGCCCCAUCAUCUACCUAAAAUUCGCAGACUGACACCCUAGAUGGUCCCCUCUUGUCCUCAUUUUUCUUUAGGGCAUCUGGUCUUUCGUCCGGGAGGAUUACAAGAGGCAGGUAGAAGAGCUCCGCUUCUUGCCCAGGUCAGUCAAUUCAUGCCGAUUCGAAUGUUCUCAGCUCGUUGGACUGUCCUCUUCGACAACAGCUCGUGAGGGACGCCGGCGGGGAGAACAUCGACGACAGCCUCACCAGCAACAGCUACAACGUCUCCGAUCCCGACGACAUGGACAACUUCCAUGCCAUUCUGUGCGUAAGUUACAGCCCGUUUCAUCUCCUUCCUUGUGCGUAAGCUCGCGGCGGAGUUUCACCAUCUGACUGGAGCAAUUCGGUGGGUUAGACGGUAGCCGUGCUGAUCGACGAGACAUACACGCCAGAGCCGGCGAAGUACACGCUAUCCAGCUUCCUUGAAAAUGUAGAGGUGACGGACAACUCGUGCUUCGUCUUCCUCACCAAUCAGAGCCUCUGGAGGACCGACAAGCGGAUCCGGGCCACCGCCGACGGCCACGCUACCGGUGAGAUAAAAAGCACACCGGCCUCUCUGUCUUUCUCCAUCUUCCUGCAACCGGUGUCCUGAUUAUAUCCCCUUCUUGGUCACCGGAAGACUGGUUCGACGGGGCCAUCGCGCAGCCGCAGCUGGUGCUGGCCGACCUCAUCGAGGCAUUCUUCCCCACCGGUAGCUACAACACCACCUUCUUGAGGAACCUGGCGAAGGUACAACAAGCCCGAACUUCUGAUUCAGAAAGAUUCAAGCCUCUAACGCUGCUGGCCAUUUCGCUUUGCAGGGGGACGAGGUUUUUACCGUCGGGCCUGAGACGUGCGACAGAGGAAGCUCUGCUCCAUUGGAGCCCACCAUCGUGUCAUGCCAGUGA